AUGUCCGUCCCAUUGUUUAGAGUCUUCGUCGUAGAAAGGCGACCAAUUGCUCCAGAUGUGAGCCGUUCAAAUGGCCAAAAUACUCCGCGGAACCUUGAAGACUUUUCAUAUGUGGAUAGUCAGAAUACUCUGAGAGAUCUAGGUGGUGUGAGUACUCCGCGAAACUUUAGCGAAGCCCUGUUCCUUGAUGAGCAGGGGACUCCAAAAGGUUCGGAUAAUUUCAUGGACCUGGAUUACGACGAGGAAAUCAUUGGCAUUUUCUACUACAUCCAUCGAACGAGUCUCGGACGUCAUGACGGUAUCUAUCCCGUUGGGGAAGAUUUUCAGUUCCAAGAAAAACAACCAAACCAUGGAACUACUCAUUGCCAUCUCAAGGAAAAUUACUUGCCUGGUGUGGAGCUUGAACACCCCAAGCCUGCGAACAAGCAACAGGACGAAACCAAGCAGCGUGGCAUCCCUGAAAAGACAAUUGAAUACAGAACUGCACAUAUCUGUCAUAUAACGGAAUAUGCAAUUGGGCAGUUUAUUAGCCACAUCAGUAGCGUCGUCAGCCGGAAAAAGGAAAACGGAGCACUUGGAAACUCAGCAGAGGAUUUUAAGAAUCUGGCCAAAGAGAUCCUGGAAGUGGACAAUCCAAGCCAAAUGUUCUCAUAUAAAAGAGAACAUUUUCACUUGGAUAAGGGUGAGUAG